CCUCUGUGUGAAGUUUCGCGUCGUAGUUGUAUAUAAUUCAGCCCCCUAAUAGGAGCCAGCUAUUAGGAGCCCCCUUUGGAGCUUUUAGGGUAGGGAGCCAACAGCGGCGGCCCAAGACAGCGAGUGCCACCAAGGGCGUCUUCACUAGUUGCUAUCAGGGCACCAGUUAGAGAACUGUGGGCCAUUAAUACCCAGGCGUCUUGUACCUCGGCAUAGACAUUGUGGACCUUGACGUAAUCUAGCAUCUGGGUAUGGGACAGAUCACAUUUCAAACACUUGGGAGUGUCUUGCAACUCUUUGGAAAAAAUAGCCGCAAAGCACCAGGGUCUUAAUUCUAAAGAAACCUAGAACCUACAACAAAACUCCAAAAUGCCCCGCUACGCCUACCAGAAGCCCCGAGCCAAGGUCUACGCCUACAACUUCGGCUACAUGAACAACUACUACAAGCCCAUGACUCACUACCUGAGCAAGGAGCCCUCCCACCCGACGGAGAGACCAGGAGCGCAGUGCUUGGCAGAGCGCCUGAAGAAGUUCCCCAUGGAUGGAAGCAUAUACCAUGAAAGAGAUGAGAUCUAUGACUAUGUGCCCUCGGCCUCGGUUUCCCCACGGGGUACCCCAGCCAGGGAAAUCGAGCCUCGAGCGUACGCCCCUCUGCCGGUCUUCGAGCACGAGGACUCCGUCCCUCCUCCGAAAAGAGUCCCUGCGGAAGAAGGACGGAGGGUCCUCCCCUUGCACCUGAAGCAUCCCUACCGCCUUCCUGUAGAAGACGAGGUAAUGCCCCUGCACGAAAGCUCCAUCUGGCCCGAAGGACGCAAACAUUUCGACCUCGUGUCAUCCUAUGAUCUCAUGUGUGGAUACUUGGGUCUGUGCCCUUACAUCAGUGGAACCACCAAAGAAACGACCCCUGUGGUCCAUCCAUCCUUACCGGCUCCCCAUCGAAGACCGCAUAUACCCUCUCGACGAAGAGGACCUCUGGCCACACCUGGUCCCCCACUUCAACUUGGUCUCCUCCUAUGAUCUGAUGUGCAAGUUCUUAGGCAUUAAAGACAGACUCUUGGAUUAGCAAGUCUUGGCCGAACCAGGCAGAUGAGACAAAAUGACACAAGGAAAACACAAUAAAAUAUUUUAUAUUCCAUUUUUUUUAAACAAGGGUUUCCAAGACAAACUUUAUUAUUUACCGCUACGCUUCUCCCCACAUACGGCAGCCAUUAAGGACACUCCCGACACAUUUCACCCCCCUGUCGAAUUCAUUCUGUCAUUCUGUGAUCUUCACGCAUAUCAGAACAUUUAUUUAUUUUCAUUGUCGUCACGAGAAACAUCACCAUUUCUCACUCAUUCUCUCACUCACGUGGCUCAGAUAACCAGGUGUGAUGCUUCGCCAUUUAUAUUUUUUUUUUCUUCUUUUUCGACCCUGAGUAAUAAAAGUGUGAUGCUAAUCAAGCUUCUUUGUUAAAUCUGUCAGCCUGUGAUCUGAGGCAUCAUUCUGUAUGCACAUCGCCAUUAUAGCACAUUGUAAUCUAGUCAACGUAGCAGCUUAGUUUAAAAUAAACUAUUUAUUGCUGUA